AUGACCGCUCCGUUGGGCCUCUUCGACCUGCCAACACCACCGACAAUCACUCCGCCUGUGUCCGCCGCCGUUGAUCUCCCGAAGAACGAAGAUAGCCUCGUCUAUGAUAUAUUCCGCGCCGUGCCUAUCCCAACGCUAGUGCUUGAUCCGGCCCUCGUCGUGGUGCAGGUGUCAGACAGCUACUCUCAGGUCUCAGCUGCCUUUGACCGCGAGCAGCUGCUCGGCAUCCAUAUCGAUGCAUUCUGUGCAAAGGUGACUCUUCCGUCGCUCGCGUCGGCCACCAAGGCCAUUCGGACCGCCCAGGAAACUGCUCGUCCCUACCAGCUUGACGAGGUGCUGCUGACCGGAACCCGCACGUGGAGUCUCCGCACCCUACCCAUCAUACGCCAUGGUACUCUUCGCUGCAUUCUAAUGGAACUCCAAGACAUUACGGACGCGCAUCGGAAGCGACUGGAACUCGAGGAGCGCCUGUACACCAACGAAACAUUCCGUAUCCUAGUCGAAACGGUCAAGGACUAUGCCAUCUUCAUGCUCGACCCGCAGGGAAACGUGGCAACCUGGAACGAAGGCGCGCAACACUUCAAGGGAUAUACCAAAAACGAAAUCAUCGGAAAGCACUUUUCCAACUUUUACAGCCAAGCAGACCGCGACGACGGCAAACCGGAGCGAGAACUGCGCGAUGCUUUACGAGAUGGUCGAGUCGAAGACGAGGGGUGGCGGUACCGCAAAGACGGCUCCAAAUUCUGGGCGAACGUAGUUAUUACGCCCGUCUAUAGAGGAGACACCCUCCUCGGAUUCAGCAAAGUCACUCGGGAUUUGAGCGAGAGGCGAAAGGCUGAGGCAACGCUUAUUGCAGCUUAUGAAGAGGCCGCUCGGCUUAAAAGCGAGUUCCUGGCCAAUAUGAGCCACGAAAUCCGUACGCCUAUGCAUGGCAUGCUAUCAGCUUUGACCCUGCUGCUUGAUACGCCUCUGAACCCCGAACAACUGGAAUUGACCCGCGUUAUCCAGGAGUCAGGUGAAGUGCUCCUGCAGGUUAUUAACGAUAUCCUCGACUACAGUAAACUCGAAUCCGGUAGCUUCUCCAUCAGCCAUGAUAUUAUCAAUGUCCCUGAUAUCAUCCAGUCGGUGUUCCGCGCGCAUCAGAAGUGCUGCAAGCCCGAAGUGCUUCUAGAGAGCAAUCUCGAUCCACUUCUGCCAACGUCGGCCGAAGGAGACAGUCUCCGCUAUCGACAAAUCGUCCAAAAUCUGUUGUCAAAUGCCGUCAAAUUCACCGAGGAGGGAAACGUUCGCCUAAACGCAAAGCUACAGGACGAAGACAACGACUCAUUCACUAUCCUCACCGAAGUCAUCGAUACCGGUAUUGGCGUCUCCCCUGACGUCGCUGGCGCGCUGUUCACUCCUUUCACGCAAUUUGACAAUUCUGCUACGAAGAGAUAUAAAGGGACAGGCCUAGGCCUGAGCAUCAGCAAGAGCUUAGCUGAAUUGAUGGGCGGAAGCAUUGGCUUCCGCGCCAAUCCCGAAGGUAGAGGAAGUAUAUUCUGGUUCACCUCACGGCUGAAAAAAUGUGAGCAGCUGAAGCAGAUCGAAAACUUGGAAGAAAAGCUCGAUGCCUUAUCUUGUCCGUCACCCAUCUCACCGUUCGAGGAGCUGAAACUAGCCGCGGAGAGCCAACGGGUGCUGCUGGCGGAGGACAACCCGAUCAAUCAAAAAGUAAUGCAGAAGAUGCUCACAGGACUCGGCUUCAAGCAUAUCGACGUGGCCAUGGACGGCAAGGAGGCAGUCAGACUCUCAACGCGGGAUCCGCCACCGUAUCACCUAAUCCUAAUGGACAUCAACAUGCCAGUUUUGGACGGCGUCGGCGCAACGAAAGAGAUACGGAGAGCUGGGUUACAAGUUCCUAUUGUUGCCAUGACCGCAAAUGCGCUCAAAGGCCAGGCUGAGUCCUAUAUCGCCAAAGGCAUGACGGCAUAUAUCCCCAAGCCCGUGGAUCGGAAGCUCCUCGUAAAGCUACUGCUCAACUGCGUCAAGCGAGCUGAACCCGGAUGA